AUGGCUUGGUUCUGCUCGGGUAGGACUAACAAGGAGCUCAUUGAUAAACUUCUAGAAGCAGGUCUCAUACGUUCAUCCAUUGUAGCAGAUGCGAUGCGUAAAGUCGAUAGAAAGAAUUACGUACCUGAUCUCAGAGGAGCAUACGAAGAUUCCCCACAGAAAAUAGGUUACAACGCUACUAUCUCCGCUCCGCAUAUGCACGCUCAUGCAUGUGAGAAUUUAUUGGCUUUGUUACCUCCGGCCGACAUCGGAGGGGCUAUUCUGGACGUUGGAAGUGGGUCUGGGUAUUUAACCGCUGUAUUACAUCAUUUAGCUCCUCAUGCUACCGUGGUUGGUAUCGACCAUUUACCCCAGUUGGUUUCUCUAGCCAAGGAGAAUUUGACGAAAGAUGGUGUGAAGCUUGGUGCGGAGAAGGGUGGGGUGGAGAUUGUAUGUGGAGAUGGCCGAUUAGCACCUUAUCAAAUCAUUCAUGUAGGCGCUGCCGCUCCUGAAAUCCCACAACCGUUGAUAGAUCAACAGUUGGCAAAACCAGGAAGAAUGUUCAUACCCGUCGGCGAACAUACACAAGAUAUAUGGCAAGUUGACAAAGAUGAACAUGGUAUUAUCACACGGACUAAAUUAUUUGGCGUCAUGUAUGUCCCUUUGACAGAUGCGAAGAUACAAUGGUCUGGUUGA